AUGAAAGAGACUUCUAAAAAUGUAAUUGGAGAAUAUCAAGGCGGUUUUAGGUCAGGUAGAUUGACAAAUUAUCAAAUAUUCAUUGUCAGACAACUUUUACAAAAAACAUGGGAGUUCAAUAAGGAAAUGCGCAUACUUUUUAUCGAUUUCCAAAAAGCAUAUGAUAGCCUACACCGAAAAAGUCUGAUUAGUACUUUGGUAGAGUUUCACUUCCCACACAAACUUAUAAAUAUGAUCAAGUCAAGUAUUAUGGAAACACAUGUUAAAUGUACAAAUGCCACGAAACCAAAUAAAUGUAUAAUUGAGUUCAUUAGCUAUGAAGAAAAUUAUCCAAUUAGAACGAUGACAACAGAUUUUCCAGAAUUAAAACCAAAACUCAAUAAGUCUACUAAUGUUGAAGCUUGGAUCGGAGGUUUAAUAUCCGUAAGCAUUAUAAGUUUAUCAGGAUUGGUGGGUGGACUAUUUUGGCCAUUACUCAACGAUCCAAAUAAGAAAAAAAUCGUCAUGAAAUUACUCUUGGGUCUAGCCGCAGGUUCUUUAUCGAGUUCAGCUGUAUUCCAACUCCUUCCAGAAGCAUUCAAAAUACCAGAGGCGUUUCCUGAUUACAAUUACACGGCUCUGAUAAUGUGGUUGAGCUUGUGGGGCUUGUACAACCUUGAAACAUUGGCGGGCAUCGUGUUCUACAAUGAAGAGAAGAAAAAGAUCAGCAUCGAUGAACUGUCGCCGUCCCUGCAGAUGGCCAUCGGCAAUACGAAUGAGCUAAAGCAGAUAUCGCACGGUCACAGUCACAAUUUCAAAUCGACGAACAACAAAUCCAUUAACGAAACUAGUCCGUUAUCGACGUUGGCUCUGUUAGUAUUAUUCGGCGACAGUCUACAUAACAUCAUCGAUGGAAUGUCAAUCGGUGUUGCGUUCUCGGAAAACGUAACCGCCGGAAUAUCCAUAUCGAUCGCCAUAGCAUGCGAAGAAUUUCCGCACGAAAUCGGCGAUUUUGCUAUACUCAUCCAAUCCGGCAUGUCGUUUCGUCGUGCUUUAUCUUUUAACUUUGUAUCCGCGUGUACAGCGUUUAUUGGAUUGGUAAUCGGUAUCUGUUUGGGAAACAUGGAAUAUUCUGGAUUUGUGUUUUCUUUUGCUGGAGGAUUGUUUUUGUUUAUCACCUUGACACAUUUGGCAUUUUAAUUUUUGUUUAACAAAUAUUAAAAUCAGAAUAUUACGUGGCACAUAAGCGGUAAUCGAGCACGGUAAGCAAACAAUACGAACUACGAACACACUAAUUUAUUUAAGUAACAGACCACCGUUAUCGAAUAUGUU